AUGGCUGCUAAAGAAGUAGCAAAUAAAGAUAAAGAGAGCCAAAAAGAACAAAUUUAUUAUUCAGAUACGUAUAAAGAUGAUUUAUAUGAAUAUCGUCAUGUUAUUUUACCGAAAGAAAUAGCAAAAAAGCUUCCAAAAGGACGAUUAUUAACAGAAAAUGAAUGGAGAAAUCUUGGUGUUCAACAAUCAUUAGGUUGGGUUCAUUUUUUAAUUCAUGAUCCAGAGCCGCAUAUAUUAAUAUUUCGUCGUUCGUUAAAAGUUAGUCAACAAAUUCAACAGCAACGUCAACAACAACAACAGCAGCAAGCACAAGCCGCCGUAUAUCAUGCAAAUGCGAUGCAUAUGAAAUAA